UCAGGAAACAGAGUGAGUCGUCUUUUGCUAAUGAAAUCGCACCAUCAUGUCAGAGGAUCUGAAUAGGAGCCCAUCCAUGGACGUGGACAUUGCUUUUCUCAAAUCAAAGAGGGGAAUCCUGAAAGUAGCAGAGAUGGUGACUUUUUUAGUAGCCUUUGUGUGUUUCACUGUAGCAGCCACACCAAAGUACACUACAGCCACAGUGUUGGAGUUUCUGAUCACUUUACUUCUGGUGCUGCUGUAUGUGCUCAAACUCAACAAGAGGCUGACUUUCUUCUUUUGGCCUCUCAUGGAUAUGUUCAAUUCAUUGUUUGCAACAUUAUACUUUACUGUCCUGAGUCUGAUGGCUUUGGCUACAUACACUGUCACAGGCACACUGGUUGGAGGGAUAGUUGGUUUAAUGUCAGCUGGGUUGCUGUUUGUGGACAGCUACACGCUUUUCAAGAACAUCACAUUCAACAACCCAAGAAGUGAAGCCCAGAAUCAAAACAAUGAAUGAAAAAAUAAUUUACAGUAUUCAUUAAAAAGUUCUAAAUAACUGCGUAUUGUAUUAUAAGAGUUUAUUAUAGGUCUACACUUUGUUUCAAAACGUUUCAGCCACUUCAAAGUUUUUAAAAAAUAUAUAAUUAAGAUUCUAUCUGUAAAUCAAAUGAAAUAUGUUUAUAUAUUUUCAAAAUGGAUACACAUCUUGUGAAACAACAAAUAUCAAUAAAGAUUUUUCUUUGACUUGAGA